AAGCUUGCAAUCAGACCCAUGCUCUCUCUACUAGCAAGUAGCAUAGCACACAAGGCAGAUCUGCUGGCACCUGAAAAUAAACCAAUCGGUCAUGCACUUCAUGAUAUUAAAUGGAAAGUAACAUUAGUUCAGAAAGUUUUAGACAUUAGCCUUGGAAUACGUUUGGACACCAAGGAGUGUUUCUGUUUGGGCUGAGGGGAGUGGUGCAGACAACCUGAGCAGGUUUCCAUGGAGCCUGAGCGGGAGCUCUCGGCUCAAGGAGAACAUGGCCUCCAUCUUCUCAGGCACCUGGAGAGGAUGAGAGCAGCCCAGGAACUCACUGAUGUGGUGCUGCUGGCAGAGGGGGUUUCUUUCCAUUGCCACAAGGUGGUGCUGUCUGCAUUCAGCCCUUACUUCCAGGCCAUGUUCACAUGUGGUUUGAGGGAGACCCGAGGUGGAGAAGUGCCUCUUAGGGACACCGCUGCCCAGAGCCUGGAACUUCUGCUAGACUACAUGUACCGUGCUGAACUCCCCCUUUCCAACAGCAAUAUCCAGGCAGUGGCUGCUGCUGCUUUCCUGCUCCACGUAGACGGAGCUUUUAGGUUAUGUCAGAGUCAAAUGGAGGCUCGCAUGGACUCAUCAAACUGUGUUGGUCUGUACCACUGGGCCAGGGAUCUUGGGGCUACUGAUCUUGCAGACUGUGCCAUGAGAUACCUCUGUCAACACUUUGCACAGGUGUCUGAGGAAGAAGAAGUGCUGGAGUUGGAUGCUCAAAGUCUUGGGGAUCUGUUGGGUUCAGAUGACCUCAACGUAUCGCAGGAGGAGGUUGUGCUGGAGCUGGUGCUGCGUUGGGUAGAGAGGCGCAGGGGGGACUCGCAGAGUGAAGCCCAGGCUGUGGAACUACUUAGACGUGUACGUCUGGAACUGGUGGAUCCUGGAUUUCUGAGAAAAGCAAGGAGAAGAAACCCUGUGUUGCUACAAGAUGCAGAAUGCUUUGGGAUGAUUGAUGCUGCUCUUCAGACUUCAGGUCUCCCUGAGACAUCAGCUCCACCUCGCCCACCACUCCGAUAUGGCAUGGAGACUACUGACUUGCUGCUCUGUUUGAGCGGAGUUAAUACAGAGGGUGUGCCUUCUCGGCGUGGAGGCAUUGCUGACCUCAGUUUCUGCUUCUCCCCUCGUGGCAGAAAAGCCUACUACAUCGCCUCUCCACUGAGAGGCAGGGGAGGUAUGGGGCAGAUCACAGCAGGGGCAGUGACCCGAGACAACAGCAUAAUUGUCGCUGUGGAAGCUGAAGAUCAGUGCAGGAUGAAGAGGGUUGAUAUCUACAAGUACAGUAACUCAGAGGAGAACAGCUGGGUAGAGAUUUGUUCUGCACCCUACAGGGACAUGUACGCCUUGGGACUCGUAGGGGAGUCCAUUUAUUUAAUUGGUGGUCAGACAAAAGUGCGCAAUCACUAUGUGAUCACUGACAGCGUGGAAAGAUGGUCACUGAAGAGAGGAGGCAGCUGGCUGAGCUUCGCCCCUCUUCCACUUCCUUUAGCCUGCCACUCUGCUGUGAGCCUGAAGGAGCAUAUUUAUGUGCUCGGGGGCUGGACUCCACAGUUUCAGCCAGAUGAUGAGCCCGACAAGCUGAGUAACAGAUUGUUUCAGUUUGACCCCGGCAAAGACAGGUGGACAGAGUGUGCCAGGAUGAAAUAUUCCAGGUACCGCUGUGGCACGGCCGUCUUCAACGGAGAAAUCUACAUAUUAGGUGGUAUAGGGUGCGAUGGAGAGGACCGUGGACAAUCACGUCGCUGUCUCAGCUCUGUGGAGAUCUAUAAUCCAGAUACAGACACCUGGAGGGCAGGACCAACGCUGCCCACAUCUCUCCUCUCCCUUCGAACCAAUGCCUCAAACACAGCAGCGGUAGAGGGAAAGCUCUACCUCUGUGGAUACUACAAGGGAGCGGGUCGUCACGAGAUCAUCACCAAAGAGAUCUUGGAACUGGACCCUGCAGACAAUGUGUGGACUGUGGUGGAGAAACGAGCAGCCAUGCAUGACAGCUAUGACGUUUGCCUGGUUGCUAAUCUCAAUCCUCGUGACCUCUUCACACCUUAAUGGACCACCUUUUGGAAAAUAAAGAAGACAAAUGUUGUUUAUUUCCUCCAAACUUUUAGCCAAACAUCAUUAGAAAUCAUCCACUUUUUUCCCCUUGACCUUUCAACUUCCUAGCAAUAGUUUAAUAAGAUUAGUGUGUGCUAGUUUGGUUCCACUAAAUGUAUUGUGCUGUUUGUUUCCUGUUUCUCGUAUUCAUGUUCCUUUAAAAAAAAUAGGGAAAUAAAACUUUGCACAAAAACUG